AUGGCCGAAGAGCAGGGGAGGGGGCGCCAUGGCCCAGACCCGGCCCCCGGACCACAGAAGCCCCCCGUGGGGGUCCUGGCUUCCAGUAGCGGCGCUGAGGGGCCCCCCUUGAUGAGGAAGAGAAGCAGCAAGAAGGAGAAGGGGCUCCGAGGGUCCCGGAAGGGCCCCAGCAGCUCUGGGGAGCAGACCCCCAUGCAGGGCCCCGAGGCCCUGGGGAGCAGCAAGAACCCCUCCAGGACCAGAGAAGGGCAGGAGGGGCCCGUCCCCUCGGCCCCUGGGCCGGCCCCUCGUCGCCAGUCCCACCGGCACCGUCCUGGCCCCCAGCACGAUGCUGCUCAGAAGACAUACGGGCCCCUGCUCAACCGCAUCUUCGGGAAGGACCGAGAGUUGGGCCCCGAGGAGCUGGAUGAGCUUCAGGCCGCCUUUGAGGAGUUUGACACGGACCACGACGGUUAUAUCGGCUACCGGAGCCUGGGCGAGUGCAUGCGGACGCUGGGCUAUAUGCCCACUGAGAUGGAGCUCAUCGAGGUCUCCCAGCACGUCAAGAUGCGGAUGGGUGGCCGCGUGGACUUUGAGGAAUUCGUGGAGAUGAUGGGCCCAAAGCUGAGGGAGGAGACGGCGCACAUGCUGGGGCUGCGGGAGCUGCGAAUUGCCUUCCGCGAGUUUGACAGGGACAGGGAUGGGCGGAUCACGGUGGCAGAGCUGCGGGAGGCAGCACCGGCUCUCCUGGGGGAGCCACUGGUGGGUGCUGAGUUGGACGAGAUGCUCCAAGAAGUGGAUCUCAAUGGGGACGGCACCGUGGACUUUGACGAGUUCGUGAUGAUGCUGUCCCGCCACUAA